CGCCACAGUUUUUUCUCCAGGAUUCUCCUGCGUCAGAAAUCCUGCGCAUGCGUGGAAGAGCUAGGAAUCUCUCCUGUUUAGCAUGCUAAUCAGGACCGUAACUAAGUACGAUUCUUGCCUGUCAGCGAAUAAAGGAUUGGGACCCUAGCCUUGCACAACCCUGUGCCACCAUGUUAGUCCCAAUCUUCACUCUAAAGCUGAACCAUAAAAUUAAUCCACGGAUGGUGACUGUGGGGAAAUUUGAUGGCAUUCAUCCAUGUCUGACUGCAGCAACGCAAGCCGGCAAGGUUUUCAUCCACAACCCUCACAGCCGAGCAAAAAGGCAAACAGCUCAUCGACUGAGCCAGAGUACCCAAGACUCUGACAUCACCUUGCUUAACAUUAACCAGGCAGUAAGCUGUCUAACGGCUGGUACUUUGGGUCCCAAUACGACAGGGGACACACUCUUGGUGGGCUCCCAAACCAACCUGUUGGCUUAUGAUGUACAUGACAAUGCUGACAUAUUCUACAGGGAGGUGGCAGAUGGGGCGAAUGCUAUUGUUUUGGGAAAGUUAGGGAACAUCCAAUCGCCCCUCGCCAUCAUUGGAGGAAACUGCGCUCUUCAAGGCUUUGACUAUGAGGGAAAUGAUCAGUUCUGGACAGUGACUGGUGAUAACGUGAGAUCAAUGGUGCUGUGUGAUUUUACUGGUGAUGGGAGGAAUGAGCUUCUUGUGGGUUCAGAAGAUUUUGACAUCAGGGUAUUUAGAGAGGAUGAGCUGGUGUCUGAGAUGGCAGAGAAUGAGACUGUGACAUCACUGUGUUUCAUGCAUGGCAGCAGGUUUGGCUAUGCUUUGGCCAAUGGAACAGUGGGAGUGUAUGAUCGCACUGCCCGCUACUGGAGAAUCAAGUCCAAAAAUCAUGCAAUGAGCAUUCAUGCUUUUGACCUCAAUGGGGAUGGAGUUGCAGAACUUAUAACUGGCUGGUCUAAUGGAAAGAUUGACGCUCGUAGCGACCGAACCGGUGAAGUGAUCUUCAAGGACAAUUUUUCUUCGUCAGUGGCUGGUGUGGUAGAAGGAGACUAUCGGAUGGAUGGACAGGUUCAGCUUAUUUGCACCUCUGUGGAGGGGGAAGUGCGUGGCUACCUCCCAGCCAGUAAAGAGAUGAAGGGGAACCUUAUGGAUGUGAGCAUGGAACAAGACCUCGUUAGAGAGUUGAGUCAGCGCAAACAAAACCUGUUACUGGAGCUACGAAACUAUGAAGAAAAUAACAAGGCUGUUCCAGGUGCCUCAGACGGAGAAAGUCAGAUGGGUGUCAUUCCUGCCAACACUCAGCUCCAGACAGCCUUGAGUGUACGAGCAGCCACUGAGAGCCAGAGAGCACACAUAGAGCUUAGCAUAUCUACACCAAAUGAAACCAUCAUUCGUGCUGUGCUAAUUUUUGCUGAAGGCAUUUUUGAGGGAGAGAGUCAUGUGGUGCACCCUAGUGCUCAGACACUGUCUGGCUGCAUCUGUGUUCCCAUAAUUCCUCCAAAAGACAUUCCAGUAGAUCUGCACAUUAAAGCCUUUGUUGGCGGGAGGACAAGUACACAGUUUCAUGUGUUCGAGAUAACUCGUCAGCUGCCUCGCUUCUCUAUGUACGACCUUCAAGUUGACCCCUCCACCCCUCAGCCAAAGGGAAGAGUUACAUUCAGUGUCAACGACAGGCCACAAAGGGUUGCCAUGUGGCUGAACCAGAACUUUCUACUGCCUGAGGGCAUCAACAGCCCAAAUAUCACAUUCACAGUAUUGCGUGGGGAAGGACUGCUGUCUAUUAACAUGCACUCCAGUGGCGAGAUAACACUAAGUACAGAUGACAUCGACCUGGCAGGAGACCUGGUCCAAUCACUAGCUACCUUUUUGGCUAUUGAAGAUUUACAGACGGAGGCUGAUUUUCCUGCCUACUUUGAAGAGCUUCGAGUCACACUAACAGAGGUGGACGAGUUCCACUCUGUGCAUCAGAAGUUGACUGCGGCCAUGGCGGAUCACUCUAGCCACAUCAGAAAUAUGCUUGUGCGGGCGGAAGAUGCCAGGCUCAUGGGGGACUUAAAGAACACGAAGAAGCGUUACAUUGAGCUGUAUGACCUCAAUCGAGAUCUGAUCAACGAAUAUAAAAUCCGCUCCAACAACCACAACGCUCUGUUGACCCGCCUCAAGGCUGUGAAUCAGGCCAUUCAGAGAGCCGGCAGGCUGAGAGUGGGAAAACCGAAGAACCAGGUCAUCACGGCCUGCAGGGAAGCCAUUAAAAACAACAACAUCAAUGCCCUUUUUAAGAUCAUGCGAGCAGGGACUGCUUCAUCGUGAGGAAGACCUUUGGUGGUCACCCCACAUUACCUACAUGUUGGAGCUCUGGCUACAGACCCAGCCCUCAGGGGAGACAGAAACACAGUGCUGCAUAAAGUCCUGAAAGCUCAGCUCCUACUGUUAAGGUCAUGGAAAAUCAUGCAAGAGAAAAGAUCUACUCCAGGCCUGCUUCCAGACUGCGGCAGCAGUUAAAUAUAGAGGAGUAGUUCGGAUUUGUUAAAGUGGCAACUGAAAGUUUUUUUUUGUGUGUUCAAUGAACAGUUGAAUGUAUAAUGAAAACGUUUUAUAGGUGUGUAUAUAGACACUUCUUAUUGUUUAUGAGUAAAAAAGAUUUUGAUUAAAUUAUUAAAAAAACAUCUAUUGGUCAUA